GUCAUAUGAAUAUAUAAUGCCGGUUUUAUCCACGGAGGUCUCCCGGUGAACCAGGAGAGCCGAGGAAGAAAGGGAAAGGGAAAGGGAAAGGGAAAGGAUUCUGCUGCCGGCUGUGAAGAGGAACUAUAAAUCCGCGGCAAUGAUUAGCAUAUUGGCUCAGGAGCGUCUCCUAGGCGCUGCGCUGGGCAGUGUCUUCGUUGGAGCCGCAAUAUUCGAUCAGCGCAUGGGCAUAUACAAAUCCAUCACUACAAACACAUCCCAUCACGAGGUUAAAGAGGCAGCAUAUGGAAAGAAGUUAUUUCCAGAUCUUCCACAUCUAUGGAAUAAGGCAGUUGAUGAGACAUUUAGGCCUGUAAUUGCAUAUCUUGGCUCGCGUGGUUGGUAAAAAAAAUUUAGCAGUCAAUAAACUUAAGCAACAACCAUUGUGCUCCAUUUCUGAGAUUCUCAUGGUCCUGUUUCUUGUGUUACCUGAAUCUUUGUUGGAACAAUCUUCUUAUUGGAAUUUUACUUCAAGUUUGUGAAUGCAGUGCAGUUUUUACCCA